AUGGUGGUUUUGAGUAUUAUACCUAUGUUUUUGCCGACUAAAAACAUCAACCCUACACCGAAAACCACACGUACUACUUCCACUACCGCUAUUCCAACUAUUUUAUCCGCGCCUGUUGUAAAUUGUACUUAUGGCGGACCGUCAACAUGUGGUUGUUCUCCAAUACAACCGACAUUUCUAGCAGCAAAAGUCAUUAAUGGUUAUACAGUAACACCUAAUUCAUGGCCAUGGGUAGUACUCGUUGAAAUAACAGCCUUUGGAUAUACAGAAAUAUGUGGCGGUUUUCUUAUUACUUAUAAACAUGUUAUAACAGCGGGUCAUUGUGUACCCGCAGAUUCUGUAACAGAAGAUAUGAUUACAGUUUAUGCUGGUAUACAGAAACGCUCUGAAAAAAACAGUGGCCAAAUUCGUUCUGUUGCUGUAAUAAAACGACAGCCACAGUUUAAUAUUACAGUUUAUACAAAUGACAUUGCUAUACUUGUGCUUAAUUCUACCAUAGCUGAAACUUCAACAGUUGGCUUAUGUUGUUUGCCAGUCGAUACUUCACUACCGACACUUGAUCAGCAUGUUGUUAUUGUCGGGUGGGGACGAACAACAGUAAAUGGUAGUCAACCAGAUGAAUUACAACAAGCUGUCGUCCAAGUCUUACCACCAAUAUCCUCUUGUGUUGUAUCGAGUGCUGUCCAAUUUUGUGCUGGAUAUAUGACGACUGAUACAUGUAGGGGUGAUAGCGGGGGCCCAGUUAUGAUCAGUUACAAUAAUUCUUGGACAUGUGCUGGUUCUGUUAGUUCGAGCCUUGGUUCAUAUUGUAAUGGUCUGGGUACUUACACUCGAAUUGCAUCUCAACAAUCUUUUAUCCAGAGUGUUAUCUCGAGUUAA